AUGCGGUCUACACUGCGUAUGUCUGCUGGCAAGAGCAAAGCUCAUCCUCAUCUCGCAUACAGAGUACUCUCUAUUCCCAGAGAAGUCACCGAGGCGCCGAAACCCCUUCGUAUAUCUGGCCAGGGCGAGGCGCAAAGUGAGUCAAACACAGCCCACGCUAACCCCGAACUGGCCUACAUUGGCCUGCCAGGUCCCGUGAGACCGCGACCUGGACCGACCGCCGUGUAG